CAGUAAAUAUUGGUCGGUCAAGUAGACUACAUUUAUAAAAAUGGCGUCCUGAUUGUUUACAUUUGAUAUAAUAGUGUAAACAUGAACGCUGGAGUGUUACCCUUGCCUCAGUUUACCAAUCAGCCUCCUUCUGUUAAUGAUGAAGAUGUUGAUACUAGAUUCACCUGUGAUCAAUGCGGAAGACAUUUUCCAUUUCGACCAAAUCUGAUAACACACAUUAGAAGAUCUCAUAAGGAUCAACUAGAGCACUGCACAUAUCCUAACUGUGAUAAAAAGUAUCAGCACAGAUGGGACCUAACAAAUCAUAUAGAUGUUAUACACUUGGGGAAAAAGAUCUUGUGUCCCCAUUGCAGCGCUAGUUUUAGUAAGAAAUCAAACCUUCACAACCAUCUGAAGAGAGGGAAGGGUUGUCCAAGGGCACCGCCGAAUAAUGAGUAUGACAGGUCGCCAUCCAUAUCGUCUUCCUCCGAGCAGUCGUAUCCCGGAGCUGCUGAACAGCUAGAAGAUAUGGAAGGAGAUGAGAGAGAAGAACAGGAUAAAGAAGGAGAUGAUGGUGAACAAGGUAAAGAGAUGCCUGACACCAAUGAUGAUCUUGAACCUGAAGUUAAGCUGGAGGCAGAAGAUGAAAACGAGGAAAAUCAAACACAUCUGUACAGGCUUCUUGUAGAAAAUAUGAGACUUGCUCGUCUAAUGGCGUCCAGAAACCAAUCCCGAGAUUCUCAAUCUGUGGGGGAUCAGAGAUAUUUGGCAACACAAAACUCAGCAACCCUUGGAUUUUCUGGCAGCGUUUCCGUAUCUACAUUGAACCAGAUAUCUGGUACAGACUAUAUUCUGAUCCCAGGCCAGAUUUCUGAUACUCAGUCUGGUGCAAGCAGACCAGAACUCAAAUCUAUCACAGCUAAACACUCUGAGAUGCCGAGAACUCUAGGGUUAGACUUGAAUCCAAAUCACGAAAAUGAUUCAGGUAAUUCCGAUCUCAAUAGUUUAGAACUGUUGGCUGAAGUAGCACUUAACCAAGUAUCAACCAACGAUGCUCAGAUUGACAAUCAAGAAAUCAAUUCUCAGAGGCAAACAAAUAUAUUGAUAAAAUCAAACGGUUUGAUCAACUCGAUCCCGUCUCUGCUCUCCCCUGUGACCUGCUGCUCAACUAUGAUACCGGUCAAUCUAGCUGUACAAGCCAGUCCUUGGUUAAGCUUGUCUGUACAAGCUGACCUCUCUUCGCAGGGUGACCUGCCGACACAAGCCAAUCCCCCGGUCAACCAACCUGUUCAGGCAAACCGUGAUGCUGAUCAUGGAGAAAGGAUUAUUCCUGGGCUACAUAUCCUCCCAGGUAUAAUAUCUGGUAGGUUUAUCAGAUCUGGUGUGUCCAAACCGUCUGGUGUUCAUCUCAAUAUGUUGGGUCUGAUCAAUCAGAACGAGACAAGACCAGAUCUAAAUCUGGCGAUGAGGGUUGAAAACAAUCUCGAGCUAGCAAUUAACAAUCCCGGUCCGAGUUCAAGACCCAAUUUUAACCAACACUUUAAUCCUGCUUCCAAACCUAAACCAGGCUCACCAGAAUCUGAUCCUUUAAUCACUUCAAGCCAAGAAGAACUCUCUUGUCAGAUCUGUGGAAGAAUCGCAUCUAAAAUUUCUUCUCUUAACAAUCAUAUGAGAACAAUGCAUGGUGAGGAGGGGGAGGAGAGAGAAAGAAAGUUUGAAUGUUCCACGUGUCAAAAGUUGUUCUUCCGGAAGAGUAAUCUGACGGAACACGUGAGGCGGGUUCACCAGAACGAAGUGCGCGAGUAUAAGCGCACCUACUGUGAGCACUGUGGUAAGGGAUUUGCCCGACAGACUUCAUGUAAUCAACACAAAACCCGGUGUCUAGCAAAACGGUCUAAAAAUACUUAAUAAUUUGAUACAGUGAGAAAGAGAAAACUGUGAAA